UUUACCUUAUGGCUCUAGUACGGACCGGAGGUUAGCGCAAUACUAGCUACCGAAGUGGGUGAAGGCUAUAUUGGAGAGAUGGAGGAAAGACUACGAGUAAUGAGAAAACAUAGUACUUCAUUUGAAUUUUGUAGUAUUUUAAAGUCAACUUUAUCAGAAGUCGAUUACCUUUUAAAUAAAGCUGUUUUAAUGCAACGUCAACUGUAUUAGUCGAGCUAGCUAGGUACAGUAAUUUUUAUGUUGUUACUCUAGCAUGUUAGCCUACUGUGGCUAGCUAGUGCCGGGAUUGAAUGAUACACUACUAGUGAUAUUGCUGCUAUUACACACUUUUUAAUUUCUAUGUUACGAAAUUCCUCCCGAUCAAACGCAGUUUGCUAACUGGCUAGAAUCAUAUAUAGUUACCGUUAGCCAGCGAACUAAAAAGAAAAGUAAGAUACCACCAUUAUCUACUGUAGCCAAGUCGUUAGCUAAGUUUAGCUAGCGAAAUACGUUACGGGCCUGGAAUGGAGCCAGGUGAUUUGCGUGAGAGCCCAGCCGGCUCCGGAGACCCAGAAGUGGUCGAAUGGAGGGAAGAGACCCUGGGUGAGGAUGCUGAGGCGAAGGUCAGGGAACCAAAUGACAAGGAGAUUGAUGGAGCUGAAAAUAUGCUAAAAGAAAAAGGUACCUGCGAGGAAGAGUUGAUAGAGAAAGAGAAGAAAGGCGAACUACUCAGUCCAUAUGAAGAGGAAUUGGAUCCCAGAAUUCAGGAGGAGUUGGAACAUCUCAAUGAGGCGAGUGCAGAGAUCAACCAACUCGAACUGCACUUGGAUGAGGCCAGAUCGGGUUACAGAAAGAUCCUAACGGACUCGGCCAGAAAACUUAACGCCCACAGCUCCCAGCUUGGUACUUGCAUUGAGAAGGCCAGGCCCUACUAUGAGGCUCGUCGACUUGCCAAGGAGGCUCAGCAGGAGACUCAGAAGGCAGCGCUGAGUUACGAGCGGGCGGUCUCCAUGCACACCGCUGCCAGGGAGAUGGUGUAUGUGGCAGAGCAGGGUCUCAUGGCCGACGGCAGGAAUACCCUGGACCCAACCUGGCAGGAGAUGCUGAACCAUGCUACUUCCAAGGUGAACGAGGCAGAGGAGGAGCGUCUGCGUAGCGAACGGGAGCACAUGCGCGUCACCCACUCUUGUCAGACUGCUGAGGCUCGUGUCCAGACGCUGCAGAAAUCUCUGAAGAGGGCAAUUGUCAAGUCCAAGCCUUACUUCGAGCUCAAGGCCCAGUUCAACUAUAUACUGGAGGAGCAUAAAACCAAAGUGAUGGAGCUGGAGGAGCAUGUGGCCAAAGUUAAGAACCGCUACUCUGUCGCCCUGCGCAACCUUGAGCAAAUCAGCGAGGCCAUCCACGCCCAGAGAGACCAAGCUAAAGGUGGUCCAAGUGUGGUCUGCUGUGGGCGGAGUCCUCCUGUUGGGGCGGAGUCGGACAGCGGGGUGUGCGGCGCAGAAGGCGGGCCGUGCGGAGGAGACGUGAUGGAGACUGACAGGGUGGAGGGAAGUGGAGCGGCAGAUAAGACGGAUGAGCUGGUGGAGAAACACAGGGAGAAGGAAUGCGGGCAGGAGAGGCCCGAAACACAUGGGGAGAGAGCAGGGUCUGAUUCCCUCUCUGUCUUCAGCCUGCAGACCAUCGCCUCCGACCUGCAGAAAUGUGACUCCGUUGAACACCUCGGGGACCUCAGCGACGUCGGCAGUCUUCCCGGGGAGGAUGCCGAGAAGGAGCGGGAGGAGGGGGGCGGGGGGAGGGCCCGGGAAAGAAGAAACGGGCAGAUGGAGCGCCAACAGCAGUUCCUGAAGCAACACCACAGGAGCUUCAGCUUGUGAGAAUCUAGUCUAACUAGCUCAUUAUCCUGUUAACAGACUAAAAUAUACAUAUAAAAUAAGAUUUUCGGUAUGUGAAACAUUUAAUCAGGUGUGGAUGAUAGUCUUAACAAGCACAGGUACGCCGACAUGUACGACUGACAAUAUAAGGAGCCUGACCGGUUUGGCAUUAUAUUACCACACUCCUAGAAGUGUACAAACCCAAUUCCAAAAAAGUUGGGACACUGUACAAUUGUGAAUAAAAACAGAAUGCAAUGCUGUGGA